GAACUUGGGAAAAAAAAGCUAAAUACUCCAAGUGAAUUUGACUGAAUUAAUUUGUUUAAUAUAAGUUUGUCCGACUCAAACCAAUUAAUUAUUUUGAGUGUUAAUGUUUACAGUGCAGGUUUGACAAGCUAUUAGGUGAGCAAGUAUUACUGAUUUUUCAUUUUUGGCUGAACCAUUGCUUUAUUAAUAUUCUUUGUUGUAACAUUUCAUUGUGAUUUAUUAGGACAAUUUAUUGUUGCUUGUAUAAAACUUACAUGGAUUUAUACCCAGUGAACUGCUGAUGCAUUAUACAUACGAUUUACCACUGAUGUAACUCGAGCCUGCUGUUGCUUUCUAAUGAAAUCUGUAGACCUUGACAUGUGGAUAUGGAUAAUUUAUUAAGAGGUAAGAACUGCACAGCCCAUAGUCUGUACAUUACAUAAAGACAUGCUGAAAUAUGUAUGAAUGCCAUUGUAUUAGAUAACAAUAUAUGUGUAAAAUGGCAUUUUUAAAAUAAAGAUAGCAUUCUGUUCAAGCAAAACACAACAUUCAUCAGUUUGAAAUACUAAAACAAUAGAUGUAUUAAAAAUUAAACAUUGACAAGGGUGGAACAUGUUGAUGAACUACAGUAAGUGAAGAGAAAUGAUCCUGCAUUCACACAUUGAAGUAUUCAAAUACUUAAAUGAACCGCUGCAGACUUACAUCCUCCAUCAGUGCACACAAUGGCCGCAUCCCUGUUGCUUUCUAUUUCAGGUGCUGAUGCAGGCGACGCGCUGUUGCUAUAGGAACAGCAUCAUUUAUUGACACGCUCCCUGCGCCGCAUCUCAUUGGUCGCUCAACUGGGGCUGUAACCAUUCGCGCCGACGUUAAAAGCGGAAGUCCCGCCCACCUCACUCACCAUUGCCUUAUUAAGAAUAGUGGGCGUAGCUUGUCGCACUCCUCCGCGCCCAUUGAGCGCUAAUAGCAUCAAUCCCGCUAUAAAACUCCUAUCCUUGAGCCGAGACUGUGUGGUCUGGCUUCAGAAGGUCUCCACCCGAGAGUAUGGCGGUUGAGGAUGCUGUAAGAUGCAGAAUAGUGUGCAUCUUCUAUUCUGGAAUGCAGCAGCAUCCUUAAGGAUCGGAGGGGACGCGUGAUGCCCUGUGUGUUCGGCGUUUUUAUAGGCUAAAAUGCACGUAAAGACCUCUGAGAGGCUUUUUAGAGGUUAUUUCUUUAAGCAGCUGUCGGGUUCUGGCUCUUCUAGAUGGUUACAGAUGCCAUGAAGUCCGCGCAUUGGCUCUUUGCGCGCCUCUGUUAUUUGUCUCUGUGGUGAGUGUUGCAAUCCAGCCAGCCAUGGCUCCGCGUCUGCUCGACUUCUGCAAUAUUCAAGGCAAGUUUCCCGUCGCAUCUGAUCGGCUCGGACACUGUUAGCUGGUUCCAUUACGCGCGUCACGUCGGUUCGGCUCGGUGCGCAAUGCGCGAGUAUAAGGUGGUGGUGCUCGGCAGCGGAGGGGUCGGGAAAUCCGCUCUCACGGUCCAGUUCGUGACCGGGACCUUCAUCGAAAAGUACGACCCGACCAUCGAAGACUUCUACCGCAAGGAGAUCGAGGUGGAUUCAUCGCCGUCGGUGCUGGAGAUCCUGGACACGGCCGGUACGGAGCAGUUCGCGUCCAUGCGGGAUCUCUACAUCAAGAACGGCCAGGGCUUCAUCCUGGUAUACAGCCUGGUCAACCAGCAGAGCUUCCAAGACAUAAAGCCCAUGAGAGAUCAGAUCAUCCGGGUGAAGAGGUAUGAGCGUGUGCCCGUGAUACUCGUGGGAAACAAGGUGGACCUGGACAACGAGCGUGAGGUUUCGUCGAGCGAGGGUCAAGCUCUAGCUGAAGAAUGGGGCUGCCCGUUCAUGGAGACAUCAGCCAAGAGCAAAACCAUGGUGGACGAACUGUUCUCAGAGAUAGUCAGGCAGAUGGACUAUGCCUCUCAGCCAGAUAAGGAAGACCCGUGCUGCUCCUCCUGCAAUAUACAAUAACCCCUCGCAAUCAGCAUCGACAUGGGCUUUUCACAGGGGUCUGAAGGGCGUCUACACACUAGAGAACGCUGCCAAUCCAUUGAUUUCAAUUGGAAUGGUGCAAUGCAAAAACAUACAUAAAAAACGCAAAAGUGAUGUUGCGCCGUGAAAACAAAAGUUACAAAUAUUUAACUUUUAGGCAACUCUAAAAUCCAUUGAUUUCCAUGGGAAUGCUGCAUUGCAAAGAUGUCGAUAAAAUAUGCAAGGGUUUGCAAAAGCUGUGCAAACAAAUGUUGAGAAUAUGUAACUUUAAGCAAUGCUGCAAAUCCAUUGAUUUCAACAGGAACGGUGCAUUGCAAUAAGGUACUCGAGGCUGUGCUAUAUCGUAAAUAAGUCACGCAACGCCCUUCGCAUUGCAACCCCUUCAGCCGUGACUUAUUCAUGAUACAGCACUAGCCUCGAGUACCUUAUUGCUUUUAUAAAACGGUUACCACACAAUACAAAUAUUAAAGCCAAAAAUAUGUUUUAGUGCAACUUUCAUGAAGUAAACUUUCACUAAAAGCUUUCCUUCCGCCAGAAUAAAUGGUCCCUGACCGUGAACAGCAACACAAGUUACAUUAUUACGCCAUUAAAUGGCGGCAAAGACUGUCUUUAUGAGUGUGUCAGUCAGUAGCGAAGACUUUUACAUUGAAUUGUUGUGAACACGGAACAAGACGCAACUGACAGGAACUUACCGUUUUAUAAAAAAAGAUAAAAUACGCAAGGGUUUGCGAAAGCUGUGCAAACAAAAGUUGAGAAUUGUUACUUUUGGGCAAUGUUGCAAAUCCAUUGAUUUCAAUGGAAUGUUGCUUUGCAAAGACGUAGAUAAAAUACGUAAGGGUUUGCGAAAGCUGUGCAAGCAAACAUUGAGAAAUGUAACUUUUAGGCAAUGCUUCAGAUCCAUUGAUUUCAAUGCUGCUUUGCAAAGACGUACAUGAAAAAUGAAAAAAAAAUUUUUGAGAAAACACAUUUUUCGCAUUCAUUGAGCUCUUGGAAUCUCAAGGAGGCGGGUUCGAGUUCAGUUUUGCAAAUCCGGUUUGCUGCAUUCCCGCUUAUGACCCCAUGUUUCCCGCACCUUCGAAACGGAUCGCAAAACGCAGCUUUCUUUAGUGUGUAAACGCCUUAAUCAAACACAAUUAUUAUAAAUGAAUCGACAAGAAACUGUAAAAAAAAAGGUCAAAGGGGUUAUAAAAAUGCACCAUACUUGAGUCUUUCUUUUCUCCGCAUGUUUUCAACACUUUCAUUCUAAGUUUGACGCUGUUCGUAAGAGACUUGAUCGACCAUUUAGUUUGCACAUAUAGAACCUGAUGUCUUAAACUGCCAUUACUUAAAUAAAGAGCCAGAAUGACCUAGUUUUGUUCUUCCAAACGGCCCACUGUCGGCGAAGGUGACGUUUCCUCCGAGGGACUAUCAGACGUCUGGGUUUGAAAUGUUCAUGAGGGGAUCUAUGUGUGUGCAGGUGUCCCGUUGCAGUGGCGAGGGGCUUUACUUUGAGCGUUUGAGAGACAUUUUCUUUGAGGAAGCCAAAUAGGAUCCUGAGAAGCACUUUUCUUUUGUAAUGUUGUGUCCAUUUUGAUUUAUCAAACUGCUGGGAAUAUUCAGCUGAUUAUGUUGUGGUUUUUAAUUAGCACCUCGAUAUAGAAUGUUGCAAACUGAAUUAUGUAUUUUGUAAUAAUGUAGUAAAACAAUCAUGGGACUUGCUUUAGAAUAGACUGUACAGCUUUGAAUCAGGCGGGAACAGUAUUUCUAAUGAAACGCUAGCGGCACUUUCCAUGAAAAGGGUCUUGUUACUUUUUUUAAAGCAAUAAAAACAUAAACAUCUAGUUGAUAUGUUAGAUAAACAGUUAUGUAACUUACAAAUCAAUCUAUAGCAUUCAAAGUGGCUAAUUUUAAAAUGGCAAUUUUGGCCUGCUGCACCUCAGAGGUCUUGACUAUGUUCAACAGUUAAAAUCAUAUUGAUAUUCGGUUAAAUGUAGGAAAAAAUAUUAUAAUAAUUAAAAAAAAAAAAAUCUACAUUUAAAAUAUAUUAUAUAUUUAAUUUAAACAUUAUUUUAUUUAUUAAAUAAUUAAAAUACAGAUUAAAUGACUAAAAAACAGCUCAUAUACUGUAAAAGUUUGACCUCCUGAGGUGGACCAUCAAGAUUUCAAGCUUUGUUUUGUACCCUAUUUGUGGAAAGUACCAAUUAAUCUUGAAGCCUGUACUAGAUGUGAUUAUUAAUUGAAUGAUAUUGUGGAACAGGAAUAAUCAUAAUGCAGUGAACCUCAUGAAUGUUGUACAGAAACACAUGGAGGAAAACAAUUAUAGUUUAAUCAGUUUGUACGGGGCACUUUAUUAUCAGUUCAAGAGUCCCUCGAUUCAUCUGCUUUGAGCAAAUAUGACAGGAAUAAGAAUAAUAAUAUAAAAAUCAUUUUAUCAUACCUUUCUCAGGAGAGUUACAGGCUACCAAAUCUGUUAUUAAAGUUUAUGAGGAUCUGAUUUAAUUUUAUUUUAUUUCUGUUUAUUUAAUCAUUAGAGUAUAAGAUAAUAAUGUUUUCUUAAUCUAUAUUGUUGUUUGGUCUUCUUUUUUUUUUUUUUGGUAUUACAGAGCAAUUCUUCUUCAGACCAUCACGUCUGUGAUCCAUAAGAUCAUCCGGAAAUGUAAAAAUGUGUGGGGGAAAAAAAAAAAAAAUGUAUUGAAACAAUUUAAGAUGGUUGUGUGUAGUUUAUAUAAAAUAUGCCAAACUUACAGUAUGUUGAUUUAGCGGUCAUAUGCAUGGCUAAAAUAUCAUUAUUUGUGAAUAUUACAGCAGAUGAGAUGGAAUAGAUGCGCACACACAAAAAAAUACACAAACACUCAACGACCCUUCGGACGAUCAUUUAUGGGUGAAUCUGCCUUGCCAUGUGAACUAAGGGUUUGCCUUUUUAACUUUCAUCAUUGAUCUUAUAUUUUUUUAAGUGAACAUUUACCCUCUUCCACAUGGUAAAUGGAUUGUGAAUAUGGUUUCAUUCAACACGACAAUAAAGACAUCUUAUUCA